UCUGUGCGAAAGAUCAGAAACUACGGGUUCAUAACUACUGUGGAGAAGAUGCCGGAUGGCUAAUAAGAUGCCGGCGAUGAUGAAGACGACGGGUUCUAUCCAUCGGAUAGAAGUUGAGAAUUUCAAGUCAUACAAAGGGCACCAGGUUAUCGGCCCGUUCAGGAACUUCACUGCUAUCAUCGGUCCCAAUGGAUCUGGCAAAUCCAAUCUGAUGGAUGCUAUCAGUUUCGUUCUGGGUGUGCGGUCCAUGCAGCUGAGAGGAUCGCAACUCAAAGAUCUGAUUUACACUGAGAAUGACAGCGUGGUCAAUCCGUUGAGAAGAGCCUAUGUCAAGCUCGUGUACAGGAAUGGGAAUGGGAGUGGGGAGGAGCUGACGUUCACAAGAACGAUCACGGCCGCAGGAUCGUGUGAAUAUCGAAUCAACGAACGAGUUGCAUCCUGGGACGAUUACAAUGCUAAGAUGAAGUCUCUGGGUAUCUUGCUCAAGGCGCGGAACUUCUUGGUCUUCCAGGGCGAUGUGGAGUCGAUUGCGGCGAAGAACCCCAAAGAGCUGACAGCCAUGUUUGAGCAAAUCUCAGGCUCAGAAGAAUUAAGGAAAUCGUAUGAGGAGCUGGAGGAGCAGAAAAAGAGGGCAGAGGAGAGGACAAUGCUGGCAUAUCAGAAGAAGAGAAGUAUGGUUUCAGAGAGAAAGCAGAAGAAGGAACAGAGGGAUGAGGCUGAGAAACAUCUAGAACUCGUGAAGAAGCUGAAAGAGCUAAGGAGGGAGAACUAUCUUUUUCAGCUGUUUCAUAUUGACAAGGAUAUAGGGUCUCUGAUGGCUGAAAUAGAGACGGAUAAUGGAGAUCUACGAGAAGUCGCGAAAGCACAAUAUGGGGUGGAGAAUGCAAUCAAGGAGAAGAAGAAGCAGCAAGCAGUGUAUAUGAAGAAAAUCCUGGAUGCGGAGAGGAACAUUGGGCGGAAGAAAACUGAUUUAGACAAGAAGGUGAAUGAAAUGGGUCACAAGAAGGAAGCGGCGCGAUAUGAUGUCUUGAAGGCAAAGGUGGAAGAUAUCGACAAUCAGCUUCGCGAGGCAAAGGCAGACAGGAGGGAAAAUGAGAGGGAUGUGAAGAUGAAUGCAGCUAUCGAGAGCUUGAAGCGACUGUUCCCAGGGGUGCGAGGGCGGAUAACCGAGCUUUGUCGUCCAACCCAGAGAAGAUAUAAUCUAGCAGUAUCAAUUGCUCUCGGCAGAAAUAUGGAUGCUAUUGUGGUAGACGAUGAAAAGACGGCGAGAGACUGCAUUCAGUACUUGAAGGAACAAAGGCUUUCCAGCAUGACUUUCAUCCCCUUGCAGACUAUAAAGAUCAAGCCUGUGCAGGAGAGAAUGCGAACACUCGGAGGAACGUCAAAGCUUGUCAUCGAUGUUAUUCAAUUUGAUCCAGCUUAUGAAAGGGCAUUUAUCUAUGCAUGCGGGAACACCCUCGUUUGUGACGGCUUGGAUGAGGCAAAGCGGCUGGGAUGGGGUCCUGAGCGCGCCAAAGUUGUCGCGCUGGACGGCACCCUGAUUCACAAAUCAGGAAUGAUGACAGGCGGUCUGAGUGGUGGCAUGGAGGCAAAGGCACAACGCUGGGACGAUCAAGCAGUUGAGAGUAUGAGAAACUGAACCCUGCUAAUUCCUUCAUGUACGAGUGUGACAUGCGUGACAUGCGUGA